CUCCGCAUUUCAAUUCGAAACAGUUAGAAUCAGAAAAGAAGAAGAAAAAGAGAAGUGUGAAAAUGUCUGGUCGUGGAAAAGGAGGAAAAGGAUUGGGAAAGGGAGGAGCCAAGAGGCACAGGAAGGUUCUUCGUGAUAACAUUCAGGGAAUUACUAAACCUGCUAUUCGCCGUUUGGCUCGCAGAGGUGGUGUGAAGAGAAUCAGUGGUCUCAUCUACGAGGAAACCCGUGGUGUCCUUAAGAUCUUUCUUGAGAAUGUUAUUCGUGAUGCUGUUACCUACACUGAGCAUGCCAGGAGGAAGACUGUUACUGCCAUGGACGUUGUUUAUGCACUUAAGAGACAAGGCAGAACUCUCUAUGGUUUUGGUGGUUAAUUUUCCUCUUCCAAAUUAGGGUUUCAAUUAGGAUUAAUGUAAAUUGUUGGUUUCUUAUGUAUUAUUGAUUAUGUGAUAUGCUUUUAGUUGUAUUUUAUGCUUUAAUUGAAAUGAAAUUGUUCUUGUAGUUGAUUAUGAUU